CUGCCUAUAAACAGCCCUGCUAGAAAGACAUUUGACGUGGAAGUGCAGAAAACAGGAAAACAGGAUUUACACCGCGGUCCUCACCCCAUUCAACAAGGACUCGAGCAUGUUUCUGCUCCAGUGGAGCAUGUUUGCGAAUAAUUCUUUCAAACUGCCUCGUCUCUAGCCUCUUCCUCUCUGUCUCCCACAGGAUGAUUGUUCUGACUGAAAUUGAGUCAGGGAAGUGACUGUGCCAGAGCGAGCCUGGAGGGGCGGCUACGCAAUUUCUCCUGCUGUCCACACAAGGGCAGACGUCCAAUGCCUUGACAUGGGGAGGAACGAGUGCACCUGUCCAGUCGGCGAGCUGGCCGUCAGGCGGCUGGAGUAAGAGAAUUGGUUCUUUCUUAUUAGGAUUAGAAGGUGGAGUGGAGCCAUGUCCAGGCUGAAAGAACCAAAGGAACCCUUGUGGGUACUCUCUGCCUUGACUGUACCAAACCUCGGCAAGUCUCUUUGGCUCUUCGUCUUAUCUUUGGGAUUUACAGUGGUCAUCUGCCAGCAAGUCCAGUACACCACGGUCACGACAAACUACGGGAAACUUCGGGGGUUUAGGGCAUCGCUGCCCAGUGAAAUUCUGGGCCCGGUGGAGCAGUAUCUGGGCGUACCUUAUGCCAUGCCCCCUACUGGCGAGAGAAGGUUCCAAGCUCCCGAGCCGCCCACAUCCUGGCCUGGCAUCAGGAACGCCACCCAGUUCGCCCCAGUGUGCCCGCAGUACCUGGAGGACAGGCUCUUACUUAGCGACAUGCUGCCCGUCUGGUUUACGGCCAACCUGGACACGGUGGCCACCUACGUGCAGGACCAGAACGAAGACUGCCUCUACCUGAACGUCUAUGUGCCCACGGAGGAAGCUCCAAUGACGUUGCGCCAGGGGUUCUCAACCCUCUCCACCCCAAGGCCCACCUACAUGGACGAUAAUGACGGACUAAAGCCGGUGAUGGUGUACAUUCACGGCGGCUCUUAUGUGGAAGGCACAGGAAACAUGAUUGACGGCAGCGUCCUCGCCAGCUACGGCAAUGUCAUCGUGGUCACCCUCAACUACCGUCUGGGGGUUUUAGGGUUCCUGAGCACGGGGGAUCAAGCUGCCAAGGGGAACUACGGGCUGCUGGAUCAGAUCCAGGCUCUCCGAUGGGUGAAGGAGAACAUUCAGGCUUUCAAUGGAGACCCUCGACGAGUGACGAUAUUUGGGUCUGGAGCUGGAGCGUCGUGUGUCAGCCUACUGACCUUGUCACACUAUUCAGAAGACCUCUUCCAGAAAGCAAUCAUUCAGAGCGGCACAGCCCUGUCCAGCUGGGCAGUGAACUACCAGCCGGCCAAAUACACCCGCAUGCUGGCUGAGAAGGUGGGCUGCAACGAGGACGACUCUGUGGAGCUGGUUCAGUGCCUCCAGAACAAGAAUUACAAGGAGCUCAUCGAGCAGAGCAUCACGCCUGCCAAGUACCACAUCGCGUUCGGCCCCGUGAUCGACGGAGACGUCAUUCCGGACGACCCGCAGAUCCUGAUGGAGCAAGGCGAGUUCCUGAACUACGACAUAAUGCUGGGAGUGAACCAGGGAGAGGGCUAUAAGUUCGUGGAUGGUAUCGUGGACAGCGAGGACGGGGUCACCGGAAAUGACUUUGAGUUCGCCGUGUCGGAUUUCGUCGAUAACCUGUACGGCUACCCGGAAGGAAAGGACACCCUGAGGGAAACCAUAAAGUUCAUGUAUACGGAUUGGGCAGACAAGGAGAAUCCGGAAACACGUCGCAAAACGCUGGUCGCGCUUUUUACGGAUCACCAGUGGGUGGCUCCGGCCGUGGCCACGGCGGAUCUCCACGCCCAGUACGGCUCACCGACGUACUUCUAUGCGUUCUACCACCACUGCCAGAGCGAAAUGAAGCCCGCAUGGGCAGACUCCGCCCACGGAGAUGAACUUCCGUAUGUUUUUGGGAUCCCGAUGAUUGGCCCGACUGAUCUUUUCAGCUGUAAUUUCUCCAAAAAUGAUGUCAUGCUCAGUGCUGUGGUUAUGACCUACUGGACUAACUUUGCCAAGACUGGAGACCCAAACCAACCAGUUCCCCAGGAUACAAAAUUCAUUCACACUAAACCCAAUCGCUUUGAAGAGGUGGCCUGGUCCAAGUACAACCCUAAAGACCAGCUGUACCUGCACAUCGGCCUAAAGCCACGUGUCCGAGACCACUACAGGGCCACCAAGGUGGCUUUCUGGUUGGAGCUGGUGCCGCACUUGCACAACAUCAACGAACUGUUCCACUACGUGUCGUCGACCACCAAGAUUCCGCCUCAGGACACGACUCCCUUCUCAUACACCAAACGUUUGUCCAACAAGCUCUGGCCGUCAACCACCCGGCACCCUGCCGUUCCUGCAGGGAACACCAAGCAGGCCCCGGACCAGCAGAAGACUCCGGACCAUGACGACGGCACCGUGAUCAUCGAAGCUAGGGACUACUCCACUGAACUUAGCGUCACCAUCGCUGUGGGAGCCUCCCUGCUCUUCUUGAACAUCCUGGCCUUUGCAGCUCUCUAUUACAAGAAGGACAAGCACCGCCUGGAGUCUAGCCGGCGGCUGAGUCCUCCGAGGAACCUCGCCAAUGACGUUGCGCGAGUCCCAAGCGAGGAGCUGAUGUCUCUGCAGAUGAAGCAACUGGAUCACGACCACGAUCACGACUGCGAGUCGCUGCAGGGGCACGACAUGCUCCGCCUGACCUGUCCACCAGAUUACGCCCUCACGCUGCGACGCUCCCCGGACGACAUCCCCCUCAUGACCCCGAACACCAUCACCAUGAUCCCCAACUCCCUUUCAGGGAUACAGUCCUCGUACCACCCCUUUAGCACAUACGCCAACAGCACUCCCAGCAAUACCGGCCUCCCUCACGGACACUCCACCACCAGAGUAUAA